CUCCCGCUCAGGAGCCGCCAUGACGAAGAAGAGGAGGAACAACGGGCGGGCCAAGAAGGGCCGUGGGCACGUGCAGCCCAUCCGCUGCACCAACUGCGCCCGCUGCGUCCCCAAGGACAAGGCCAUCAAGAAGUUCGUCAUCAGGAACAUCGUGGAGGCUGCAGCCGUCAGGGACAUCUCGGAGGCCAGUGUGUUCGACUCCUACGUGCUGCCCAAGCUGUACGUGAAGCUGCACUACUGCGUGAGCUGCGCCAUCCACAGCAAGGUGGUCCGGAACCGCUCCCGGGAGGCCCGCAAGGACCGGACACCCCCUCCCCGCUUCCGCCCCGCCGGCGCAGCCCCCCGGCCACCCCCCAAGCCCAUGUGAGGAGACUCUGCCCAGAUGUGGCCCUGGGAUCCCCAAGCUCAGACUCAAUAAAGGGUCCUGCUCCG